AAGGAAGAUAGAGAUAUAGUGAGGAAGAGGGAUCGUGUCGUGUAGACGACAACAUCCUUAUUGUGACGGAGGUUGCAGUUGCUUGGCAAAGAGAGAGAGAGAAAAAAAUUCGUAACAUUAGCUAGGCUAUAGAAAAAGGCAAGUGGCCGUUAUUACGCAGCGCGCGGCAUCAGCAGCGUCACCGGAGGAGGAAGAGAGACGCGUGCACGUCCUCAUUCAAAGCUGUUUUACAAAGGAGCUGAAAGAGUCUCUUGUCUGGGUGUGGUUGCGGUAAGAGGAUGAGGAUUCUGUUGUGUCUGCUGUCUCUCAGCUCUCUGGUUCUGAGCUACGCAUUGGGUGGGGAUGUGUGUGUGUCUGGUCACGACAGUGGGCCGGUGUUUGAGGAGCAGCCAUAUAGUCUGAUUUACCCUGAGGGGAUGCCAGAAGGCAAGGUGACCCUGAGCUGCCAGGCUCGCGCCAGCCCUGCUGCUAUUUACCGGUGGCGUGUGAACGGCACUGAAAUAGUAUUUGUUGACGAUUCGCACUACACACAGGUUGCAGGAAACCUUGUGAUCAAUAAUCCCCAGCAUGGGCGAGAUGGUGGGUCAUACCAGUGUCUUGCCAUCAACCGCUGUGGCACCAUUGUUAGCCGUAUGGCUAACCUCAAAUUUGGCUAUCUCCAUGAUUUCCCUCCUGAGAGCAGAAGCCCUCAGACGGUCCAUGAGGGUAUGGGAACCUUUCUUGCCUGCCAGCCACCAGCUCAUUACCCAGCUUUGUCCUACCGCUGGUUCAUCAAUGAGUUCCCCAACUUCAUCCAGCCAGAGGCGGGCAGAUGGUUUGUUUCUCAGGUGACGGGUAACUUAUACCUUGCUAACGCUAGAGCCAAUGACACGGGCAACUAUUUCUGCUUCACCACCAUCAAUAUGGACAUCAGCACCAAGAGCAUCUUCAGCAAAGCUGUCCAGCUCACUGUUUACCCUGAUGCAAACCCAAGGAAAGCCGCCCCGAAUAUCCGAGUGCGUUUUCCUGCUGAGACAUAUGCAUUAUCAGGACAAACUGCACAGCUUGAAUGCUUUGCCUAUGGCAAUCCCAUUCCUAAAAUCCGCUGGAGGAAGGUGGAUGGGAUUUUGCCCCCUAAGGUCGGAGCAAGUGCCGAAAGACCCAUUUUAAUUAUUCCUGAUCUGAAUUUUGAUGACGAGGGCAUGUAUGAGUGUGAGGUUUACAACUCAGAGGGUCGUGAGACACAUCAGGGACGCGUUACUGUACAAGCCCAGCCUGAGUGGCUUCAGGUCAUGAGUGACUCUGAGGUGGAAAUCAGUUCAGAACUGCAAUGGAGCUGUGCCGCUGCGGGCAAACCAAGACCCACCAUUCGCUGGUUCCGAAACGGACAGCCCCUCAUCACACAGGACCGCGUGGAAGUAAAUAAUGGACGACUGAGGAUCGCUAACCUCGCUCUGGAGGAUUCUGGGAUGUAUCAGUGUGUGGGCGAAAACAAACAUGGCACCAUUUACUCAAACGCUGAGCUCAGAGUUCAAGUCCAGGCUCCGGACUUCAGGUUAAAUCCAGUGCGUAAGCUGGUUCCUGCUGCCCGCGGUGGACAGGUUAAAUUGGAGUGUAAACCUCGGGCGGCUCCCAAACCCACUCUCUUUUGGAGCCGUGGCACAGAGUUACUGACCAAUAGUACUAGGAUAACAGUCACUCCAGAUGGGCUUCUGUGGAUAUUCAACAUCAGUCGUGCCGAUGAGGGGAAGUACACCUGCUUUGCAGAAAACUACCUUGGCAAGGCCAACAGUACAGGACACCUGUCUGUCAGAGAUGCCACAAAAAUCACUCUAGCUCCCUCUAAUGCUGACAUCAAUCAGGGCGAGAAUGUCUCUCUGCAAUGCCAUGCGUCACAUGACCCUACUAUGGACCUCACCUUCACCUGGUCCCUUAAUGGAGUUCUGUUGGACCUUGAGGAUUCAAAUGGACACUAUCGGCGCAUGGAGGGGAAAGAGACGAUCGGUGACCUGGUGAUUGUGAACGGACAGCUCAGUCAUGCUGGCACAUACACCUGCACGGCCCAGACGGUGGUGGACAGCGCGGUGUCCUCAGCAAAGCUAGUCGUAAGGGGCCCACCAGGACCUCCUGGAGGUUUAGUGGUGACUAGUGUCAACGACACGUCGGUUGAGUUGAGAUGGAGCCGUGGAUAUGACAACCACAGUCCCAUUGGCAAGUAUAUCAUCCUGGGCCGCUCCUCACAGACUCACGACUGGAAGAGGAUGAGGACAGACCCUGCAAACAUAGAAGGAAAUGCUGAAUCUGCACUUGUGAUAGAUCUGCGACCCUGGAUGGAUUAUGAGUUCCAGGUCAUUGCUAGCAACAUCCUGGGAAGUGGAGAACCAAGCAUGCCCUCCCAGCCUGUCCGAACCAAGCAAGCAGCACCAACUGUGGCUCCCAGCGGCCUUGGUGGAGGUGGAGGAAACCGUAAUGAACUUAUCAUUACAUGGACUCCCAUGGUCAGGGAGUAUCAGAAUGGAGAUGGCUUUGGGUAUAUUUUGGCGUUCAGAAAGCAAGGCAUGCCAACAUGGACGGUGGUGAGGGUUCCACACGUGGAAUCAUCACGAUACGUUUACAGCAAUGAGAGUCUGUCAGCCUACUGCCCAUUUGAAGUCAGAAUCAAGGCCUACAACAAGAAAGGAGAAGGUCCCUUCAGCCAGAUUGCUGUAGUACACACAGCAGAAGAGGAACCUACUGUGUCCCCACGAAGGAUUAAUGCCACUGCUCUGACAGCUUUUGAGAUUCAAGUGUCCUGGGACCCCAUUCAACAUCUGAACAUUAAUGGAGUACUUCGGGGUUAUGAGAUUCGUUACUGGAGACAACAUGAACGUGAGGCAGCUGCAGACCGGGUCAGAACUGCAGGGCUGGAGAACAUGGCACGAGUCACGGGUUUGAGGCCAAACACUCUUUAUCACGUCACCGUAUUGGCCUACAACAGUGCAGGCACGGGCCCACCCUCCCCAAGAACCACCGUCAUCACCAAGAAGCCUCCCCCCAACCGCCCUCCAGGUAAAGUCGCAUGGAGGGUUACUGGUUCUUUGGUUACUGUGAGGUGGGAUCAUGUUAAAUCCAUGGACAAUGAGUCUGCUGUUCUGGGUUACAAAGUCCUUUACAAGCAUGAAGGGCAGUCUAUCUUGAAGAUACUGGAGAAAAGCAAGACCUCCAUCACUUUGCCGUUACCAAAGGACAACGGUUAUGUGGUUUUGGAGAUCCGCUCUUGGGGAGAUGGUGGAGAUGGAGCAGCCUAUGAGACCAUAGUGUCUCGAGACUCAGGCACUGGAAUGAUGGUCCAGGACAGCGCUGGCACUUCAGGACCCCUCUGCGCAACUGUUCUUGUGGUCACUGCACUCGUUCUCAUUGGCUCGUCAGGACUGUGAUGUUAGCCAAUGAUAAGUUAUUUGUAUGGAGCAGGUUUUCCUCACGUCGGAAUGGUUGCGUGUGGUGCAAAGUUUGGGAAAUGUGAGAGGCGGAAGAUUCUUUUGUAUGAAAAGGCUUUUUUACAAGGAUGACUGGUCGUUGUGGAAUACAAAGAGGGAGACUUUUUGAUUGUGUUAUCAUUUUAGACGCUUGCCUUAUUGAAACUCAAACUUGACUGGUGGUCAUGUCAACAUUUGGUUGUAGUUUCUUAAAUUCAACAACAGCUCUGACUUGUUGAUUUCCUUGUAGAUGUAAAUACACAUAGAUGUAUUGGUGACAUUCCAUACUGGAUAGAACAAAACCUUUUUUAAUACGUUGUUGCGACUUCACGGCAGCAUGUGGACUGCAAAAUGAUCCAAAUGAGCGUUUACCUUUUUUAUUUGUUGUUUUAGUUUUUUUGUGACUAUGUAAUUGGAAGCAAGAGCGGAUCAUUAUUUUUAUUAAGUCUUUUGUAUCUGUGUUGGAUGAUUGUAGCAUUCUGCCUUUCCCUCAGUGUUCUAGUUUUUAAAGAUGAAAGGUUUCAUGAAUGCAGCGGUACAACAGAAGCUGUUUUUUCUGUGGUUGUUAAAGUGGGCUUGUCUUGCCAAAGUUAUUGCUCUGUUAUCUCACUCAUUAUGAUUAUUAUUGCCUUUAUCCUUUGUGUUUUUCACAAGGCUUACACAAACAUGACGUCCAUGGGCUGUUACUUUCUUUCUUGAUACGGUACAAGAGCGAGACGCUGGACAUUGAUCAAUACUGAAGAUAACAAAAUCAAUACAGUGACAAAUAAGUUAAUUAUCCUAUAAUAUCAUAAUUUAUACGUUUUCGUCGCGCCACUAAUGGUGGAAUCCUGAUCAUACUUUCAGUGACAAGGUUCCAUUUAGCUUAAAGAAUUAGAAAACAUGUGGCGAACAUUUGAUUAUGUGGGUCUCGGGUCUUUUUAAAGUGCGAUACACAUGAAGCCAUAUCAUAGAUUUUUUUAAUGUUAAUAGUAUUUUUUUUUUAAUUAAGACUAAUCUAAAAACAGUAUUAAAAUCGUUCCGUGUAAUUCUACAAUUCUUGAAGUCGUUGCAUCUACUUUCAGUCUGACAGAGAAAUCAAGAAAGAUGUCUGAUUUUAUGUUUUAAUUUUCUAUACAUUACUUUACUUUCUCUCCCCUGCCUUGCUUUUUAUUGGUGCCCGUUCAACGGUGAUAUUUCUUGUAAUUAUAUAUUUUCUAUUUAAUGUAUUUAUUUAAUUUUCUAUUUAACACGCAUCAAGUUGUUAUUGUAAAUACUGCCAUUUUCUGCGUCCGAGGAUUGCUUGAUAGUUUGAGCACCUUCGUUAGUUUUUUACUGCUUCUCUAACACCUUCUUUAUGGGAUUUUAACUGUAUAUUAAUUCAUGGAUCACUCACUGGAAUUUAAAACACUUUUAGCCAAAAGCUGUGACACAUAGCAGCCUCAUCAGUAGCUCUUUAGCGGUUCUAGUCCCAAACCCUUGUAGUAGCAGUCGGGUAAAUGUUACACUUUCUGAAUGUAGAAGCACUCAAAUGUCAUAUUAGGACUAUGAAACCAAAACUAAUGUUCUCUUGUCCUUGCAUCUGUUUUGUACUUCCCUUUCAAGUGAUUUUAAAUUGCACUAUGAGUGCACUGUACAAUUCAACGACUCUUUUAACUCAUAAUUUCUGAAAUAAUUACUGUGUUUCACAUUGUGUAGUUUGCCCUCUUGUGUUGAAUCGGGGCUUUGUCGCUCACAACUCAACAAACAAUUUCCGAAAUGGCUGUAUGUGUACUUACAUGAGUCGAAUGACACACUGACACGUAGUUUCACUCUGAAGGUCACUCAGGUUGUGAUGUCAUGUUGUCUCUUCAAACUACCAUGUACCCCAUUUGUUGUAAGGUUGAGCCUGUCCACUGUGGACUGAAUGUGAAUAAUGCAGCACUUGUAAAUAUUCUUCAAUAAAAAAACAAACAUUUUGACUGUA